GUCCACGUCCCCAGCUUCCGGAAGUUAGUUUGGGCCAAACAUCCGGGUUUCUCUUUUCUGCGUUCCGGCUGAUACUACCUUUCCUUCUCUUCCCAAGCCAUCUCGCUCGCUCAGGCCCACGUCUCGCCUACUCUUCCUACGCGCACAGGGCUAGCGCGGGCUUCAGCGACGGGAGCCCUCGAGGGACAUGGCAACUACUGCGGCGCCGGUCGGCAGCGCCCGAAACGGAGCUGGCCCGGAAUGGGGAGGCUUCGAAGAAAACAUCCAGGGUGGGGGCUCAGCUGUGAUUGACAUGGAGAACAUGGAUGAUACUUCAGGCUCCAGCUUCGAGGAUAUGGGUGAGCUGCAUCAGCGCCUGCGUGAGGAAGAAGUUGAUGCAGAUGCAGCUGCUGUGGAAGAAGAAGAUGGGGAGUUCUUGGGCAUGAAGGGCUUUAAGGGACAGCUGAGCCGGCAGGUGGCUGAUCAAAUGUGGCAGGCAGGGAAGAGACAAGCCUCCAGGGCCUUCAGCUUAUAUGCCAACAUUGACAUCUUGAGACCCUACUUUGAUGUGGAGCCUGCCCAGGUGCGAAGCAGGCUCCUGGAGUCCAUGAUCCCCAUCAAGAUGGUCAACUUCCCCCAGAAAAUCGCUGGUGAACUUUACGGACCUCUCAUGCUGGUGUUUACACUGGUUGCCAUCCUCCUCCAUGGGAUGAAGACAUCUGACACCAUUAUUCGGGAAGGCACCCUGAUGGGCACAGCCAUUGGCACCUGCUUUGGCUACUGGCUGGGCGUCUCGUCCUUCAUUUACUUCCUGGCCUACUUGUGCAACGCCCAGAUCACCAUGCUCCAGAUGUUGGCACUGCUGGGCUAUGGUCUCUUUGGGCACUGCAUUGUCCUGUUCAUCACUUAUAACAUCCACCUCCAUGCCCUCUUCUACCUCUUCUGGCUGCUGGUGGGUGGGCUGUCCACCCUGCGCAUGGUGGCAGUGUUGGUAUCACGGACUGUAGGCCCCACCCAGCGGCUACUCCUCUGUGGCACCCUGGCUGCCCUGCAUAUGCUAUUCCUGCUUUAUCUGCAUUUUGCCUACCACAAGGUGGUAGAGGGGAUCCUGGACACACUGGAGGGCCCUAACAUCCCACCUAUGCAGAGAGUUCCCAGGGAUGUCCCUGCUGGGAUCCCUGCUGCCAGACUUCCCACCACCUUGCUCAAUGCCACAGCCAAGGCUCUUGCAGUGACCAUGCAGUCACACUGACCCCACCUGAAAUCCUUGGCCAGCCCUGUCUCUCCCAACUGUGGAGCAGAGAAAGAUUAAAGGACAGUACUGGUGACAUGGGUCUCUGAUGGGGUCUGCAGUUGCCACUGAGUUGUAGCUGCUUAAGUACCUCUUUGAUGCCUGUUGGGGCUUCUGAAGGGCACAAGGCCAGGAAAUUCUGGCCAGGACUGCAAAGCUCUGCAGCCAGUGCAGAAAGUGGGUCAGCUUCUCUGAGGCCCCCAUACCACCUACCCCUUCCUACUUCUGUGCCCCUCUUGUCUUGCUAAAUAUAGACUUGGUAAUUAAAAUAUUGAUUGAAGUCUGGAA